CAGUAGUGCCGCUGACACGAAGAGGAGAACACCAAUCAGGGGGAUAAAAAAGAAAGAAAUCCCAGAUACAAAACAAACAACAAAGAGAAAUAUUUUACUUAUUCAAAUAUAGUCAGGAUGACCAAAGUGGAGCUAUACAAGUCGCGUUUAUUUGUGACAAUCAUACAUCUAUGUGCCUUGGGCCAGUUCGCCUAUGGCCUCUAUUAUAGCCAUUUCGAGAUACAGCGCAGCUACAAGCUCAAGACAACAGCGAGUCGUCGCCUGGUGCCGGAUUCUCUGCCACAGAAGGUUAAAUUUCUGUCCUACUGGUGCCUGAUAAUACAGGCUCUCUACUAUAUCGUUUCACUCGUCAAUGAUUUUGUCGGCACAAAUGAGCUCGCACCCAAGCGACCCCCUGCCAUACGUCAGUUCAAGGACUGGCUGAUGGCCACCCUCGCCUUCCCCGUGGCUCUCAAUGUCGGUGUUACCUUCUGGACGCUGUAUGCCAUCGACCGUGAACUCGUCUUCCCCAAGGUCUUGGACCCCGUCUUUCCCAGCUGGCUGAACCAUGUACUCCACACCAAUAUUGUUGUAUUCAUUGUGCUGGAACUGUUUACCUCAUAUCGCGCCUAUCCCAAACGCAGCAAGGGUCUCACUGGCCUCACCAUCUUCAUGGGGGCCUAUUUGGUGUGGAUUCACAUUGUCAAGCAUUAUUCCGGUGUCUGGGUGUAUCCGGUGUUGGAGGUGUUGCAGCUGCCGCAGCGCAUUGUCUUCUUUGUGGCCGUAAUUGGGUUCACACUGGCUCUCUACCUGGUCGGCGAGUUCUUGAACAAUACCGUGUGGUCCAAGGAAGUGAAGUUGGCCAAACGCAAGUCCAAUUAGGCUGUGCCUCUGUUGUGUAGUAGUCACGUUUAAUUAGUAACUAUAUACAAAGAAAUAAUUCGCUUAUACAUAUAUUUUACAUAACUAUUAAAAUGUGAACAGUCUUUAAUAUAAUGAAGUCUAGAGAAGAAAAAACCAAACAACAACAAACCACACACAACUUGCUAAUGAUAUUCUAUUCUUAAUAAGAAUUACAUACAUUUGCAGCAGCCACUAAUUUUUGAGAUUAAUAGUCGUAGUUUUCACUGUUCUCCAGAUGGCCUCAGAUAUCAAAUGGCAGACGUCUCUAUUCAAUUCUCUUGUCGGUUUUAAAUAGUUGAUCGUUAAGUGAAAUUCGCCUUUUCAAAUUGAAACCAAACCUCCUCAUAUCAAGGCACAUCAAAACACUUUGAAUACCUGCGUUAAAUCCUGUAAUUUCAAAUAUAAUAUAAUAUAGUACGAGUAUCAUAAUAAAAUCGAAAAA